UCAUCGUCGGAGCUACGCGCCGUCGUCGCGGGCCGGCGGAGGAGACAGAGCACUUUGUCCUUGCAGCCGUCCACCGGUCCAGUUAGCGCAGUUCCUCCGGUGUAACGUCUGCAGCGAAUCCCGCCGUCACCGCGAUCUGAGCACGGAUCGACACGACGUCGCGUACAUAAUAUUACCGUCACAAACAUACGUCCUGCGAGAUCUGCGGAUCCAUCAUCAUAUCAAUACGCGCUCAGCGAUCCACGUCAGUCCCCGUCAUCGUCGUCGUCGUCGCUGCCACUAUGCGCCGACAAUUGUUUUGGAGCGGUUACGUCCUGUUGGCGCUGACCGCCGGGGCGGCAGUGACCAUCGCGGCCCCGCUGGCCGAGCCCGCAGCGCCGGACGCGGAGGACGUGGUGACGUACGACCAGCGGCAGAACGGCACCGAGAACGUGCGGAUCAGCCUGAGCGACCUGAAAGUGGUGCUGGCCCCGGCCGACGGCCUGUUCCAGAUUAUGUCCAUGGCCGGCGCGCAGUUUCUCAACUCGGAGUUUGCAGGCGCAGCGUCGGAACACCGGCCGACGGGUGUCGAGUGCACCGGGUUCAAGUGCAACAACCGACAUAGGCAGGCCGCCAAGAAGAAUCGUUUCAAACUAUCGAGUCUUAUAGCGCCACUGUUAAACAGCCAAGCCGAACAGAAAAUUUCAGAAACAGAAAGUAUUAGUAUCAACAACCAUAAUACUAAUUAAACAUUAAGUAGGUAGAAAUACAAUUUACAAUAUCGGCUCAAAUAGGUACAGUUAAUAACAAGGACGAAUGCAAUAUUAUAAUACCCAUUUAUAGGUACGGUGUAAUAGAUUUUUUAAAUCUAAAAUAUUGUUAUUCGUUAUCGUGGUAUAUUUAAUAAUUUAUUUCAGUAUAUUUUGUACUAUUGGCAUUAAAAAUAUAAAUUGUAAAAAGUUUUCGUAAAAAUUAAGUAUACAAUAUUUUAGUCUAAUAAUUUAUUUGUAAAUUGUUUGCAUUUAUAUAAGUACUUACAUUUAAUCAUGUUUAAAGUUUUGUAUAAAAUGCAGUUUUGUUCAAUAAAGAACUUCAAAAUUAA